GAACACGCGCAUGCGCAUACGUUAUUCGGCACUGUCGUGCAAAUCCUUCUUGCACUCAAACAUGGCGGCCCACUUGUGGCUUCGUGCGGAGUGUAAACCCCUGGAAAGACGUGCUCAUUUGACGCCUGAGAAGUGCAAAGAGCUCGUGGAUGCAGGUUUUAAGGUGACAGUAGAGAGCUCAGACCAGAGGAUUUUUAAAAACGAAGAGUAUGCUAGUAUUGCAGGAGUUGAAGUCCUUGCACCAGGGAUCACAUGGGAGAAGGCAGCCCCCAAAGACGCGAUUAUCCUUGGACUAAAGAACCUUCCAUAUGACGACACCUCCCCUAUCUCACAACACCAUGUGUUCUUCGCUCAUGCGUACAAGGACCAGCCUGGUGCCAAGGAGGUGAUUGGGCGAUUUACUAGAGGAGGCGGGGCCAUCCUAGAUAUUGAGUACAUGCUCAAUGAAGAAGGAAGGCGUGAAGUAGCAGAGUUCUCUCCCAUCGCUGGCCAAGUUGGUAUGGCCCUCGGCAUUGCAGGCUGGUGUCAUCAGCAGUUGGGUGAGAGAAUGCCAAGUGUCAGUCCCUACGACAGCGAGGCUCUGCUUGUCCAACAUGUGCAGUCGUUGCUGAAGAGACUGGCAAAACAGAAAGGGGUAGCAGAAGUCUAUCCUACAAUAAUUGUACUUGGUGCCUUGGGACGGUGUGGUAAAGGCUCCCUUGACAUGGCCAAGAAAAUUGGAAUACCCAAAUCACACAUAGCAGAGUGGGACCUGGAGGAGACAAAGGCAGGCGGCCCGUUCAAAGAAAUCCUUAACUAUGACAUCUUUGUGAACGAUAUUUUCCUGCUUUCUAAAAUCCCACCCUUUUUGACAAAAGACAUGCUAGACACAGAUGACAGGAAAUUGACCAUGGUAGUUGAUGUCAGUUGUGACAUAGGAAACCCCAACAACCCUGUUCCUUUCAUUGAGAAUGCUACCACACCCACCAAACCUGUGGAUGUUCUGCCACUAAGCAAGUGCAGCAAGCCAUUGGAGCUGAUGGCCAUUGAUUUCCUCCCCUCCAUGUUGCCCAGAGAAGCAAGCUUUAGGUUUGCAAACAAGAUGACUCCAUGUCUGAUGAAAAUAGCAAAGAUGGAUGAGGCCAUUUGCUGGAGUUCUGCUAAAAAGGCUUUCCAGGAUAAGGCAAAAGAGUUUGGUUUGAUUUAGAGAAAGGUUUUAGCAUGCAAAGGACUAUGGUCUAGGAUAAAGUAUCAGUAAGAUAACAAUCAGUAAGGUCAGUAAGAUAAAAAUAGAUAUUAUAAUUAACAGUAGCAUAAUGGAGUAAAUUAUAAACAGUGCAGUAAAAGUAUCAGUAGGUAGAGAAUUUACAAAGGUAAUGAAAUAUAAAGAAAAGCUGUGUCUGCUCACCUUAAUAAAAAAACAAGGGAUGGCUGAUGGAAUGUUCUAGUAGUAGCCAUGAUGAAGAUGAUGAAGUGUGAAAAAUAUGAAUAAAAGAUAAAAAAUGGUCA